AUGGAUCACAACCACGUCCGAGACAACAUGAACUCCGACAUGCCUUCAGGCUUCGAUCAACAGUACGUUCCCAUAGAUCCCAAUCUUGAGGACAGGUUCGCUCCAUCCGCUCGAAACCACAUGUACCAAGAAUCAGCUCAGCAUUACAACUAUCAAGAACAUCAACCAACUGGCUACAAUGCGGUCAUGCCCGAUGCUGUGCCGUGUGAUGCCUAUUGUACAGGCUACGAAGGGCCGAUGACACCUGCUAGUACAGCAGACCAUCUUGAACCGCAUGAUGAUCAGUUGCAUGGCGUUUUCGAAGUCCCGGAUGAACAUGCCACCAACACCCAACAACAAGAAGGGACUGAGUAUUCAUCAGAGUUCUGGCGGACUUUGGUCAGUUUUGAGGUACCUGAUUUCAGACAAACUUCUGUCGACAAUAUACCUGGCCUCCAAGCCCUACGCACGGCCCACCUCAGUCUCUAUGGCCCCCAAUCAACAGCCACAAACGCCACUCGCAUGCAGUACGCCAAGGCCUUUGGUUUUGCCCUGCUCACGCACUAUCACCCGGCUUCGCAAGGCUACACUGUGGUGCCGACUUCACCCGGACCUAUGUCAAAAACAGGGAUGAGCUUUUUCCUGGCUGCCGACGACGAGUCAGACAUCUGGAAGGAUAUGGGCAGGAAGAAGGCCAGCAGCACCAACAAGGCCAAUCGACGGCGAGCGCCGACAAAAAGAGAUCUUGAAAGGGCCAAAAGGGCAGAACAAGUUGCCAAGGUAGCAGAGUACAACCAUGGAUUUGCAUACAUGGCGAACCUGCAAUGGGACUAUAUCCCGCCUCAGGACAUUGCCGCUUUCGUGGUCAUGUGUAAAUUAGAAGUCAGAGAUGAGAACACUGGCAUGGUGACGUACGAACAGCACCCACACACCUACCUCAUCAUUAUGGUUGACAACUUCGAUCAAGUCCCACGCGUCUCAAGGGAAAACACAGUCCAUCGCAGUGACAUUCUAGCGGACGCGCUAUGCCGAGGCGGCAAGGUCCGGAACGGUCACGGCAUGCUUGUCUAUGGGCCCCGGCUUGAGUGCUACACCUUUGACCGUGGAAACAAGUGGGUUUGCCCUGAUAGCGAUGAUGAAGACGAUGAGCAAGAACCUCAGGAUAUUGAACCUAAGAUGGAGGUGCUACAAUCUGGCGGUCAAAAUAUCGAUUUCGAUUUGCGUGCCACGAGCUUGGAAAUAGUCGACGUGGCCUUUAGGGACAUGGCUGUGAGGCAGGUGGUGUACAUGUCUGAACCAAUCCUCGAUGCAGAAGAGCCUGUAGGUUUUGUAAAGAUUGAUGAAGAGAUGGACGAGCAAGGACACUGCAGUGGCUUGAGAGGCGAAAAAUUCAUCUAG